AUGCUUUCCUGUGAGUACAAGUUUGCUUUGGGUUGGUUUGUUUACCUGAUCUGCCCUUUCUCCCUCCUGCCAGUGAAGAUAGUGAUCCGAGGAGACAGGAACACGGGCAAGACCGCACUGUGGCACCGGCUGCAGGGCAAGAAGUUUGUGGAGGAGUACAUCCCCACGCAGGAGAUCCAGGUCACCAGCAUCCACUGGAACUACAAAACCACCGAUGACAUCGUAAAAGUUGAGGUCUGGGAUGUAGUUGACAAAGGAAAAUGCAAAAAGCGAGGCGAUGGCUUGAAGAUGGAGAAUGACCCCCAGGAGGCAGAGUCUGAGAUGGCCCUGGAUGCCGAGUUCCUGGAUGUGUACAAGAACUGCAAUGGGGUGGUGAUGAUGUUCGACAUCACUAAGCAGUGGACCUUCAGCUACAUUCUGCGGGAGCUCCCAAAGGUGCCGACCCAUGUGCCAGUGUGCGUGCUGGGGAACUACCGGGACAUGGGUGAACACCGUGUCAUCCUUCCCGACGACGUGCGUGACCUCAUCGACAGCCUGGACAGACCACCGGGCUCCUCCUACUUCCGCUACGCCGAGUCCUCCAUGAAGAACAGCUUUGGCCUGAAGUACCUUCACAAGUUCUUUAAUAUCCCGUUCCUGCAGCUCCAGAGAGAGACGCUGCUGCGGCAGCUGGAGACGAACCAGCUGGACAUCGAUGCCACACUGGAGGAGCUAUCGGUGCAGCAGGAGACUGAGGACCAGAACUACGGCAUCUUCCUUGAGAUGAUGGAGGCGCGAAGCCGUGGCCACGCAUCCCCACUGGCAGCCAAUGGGCAGAGCCCGUCCUCAGGCUCCCAGUCACCUGUGGUACCUGUGAGCGCCAUAUCCACGGGGAGCUCCAGCCCCAGUACACCCCAGCCAGCCCCACAGCCACCCGUCCACACCCCCUCAGCCUGCCCCUCCCCACCAUCCCCCUCAGAGGCUCCACUACCCCCGGCACACCCUGUGGCCCCCGCUCCGGCCCCGAGACGCAGCAUCAUUUCCCGGCUGUUUGGGACCUCAACAGCUGCCGAGGUGGCCCCUUCCCCCCCAGGCACAGAUCAAGUCCCAGCUGCAGAGGCCCCAGCAAAAGUCCAGGACGUGGAGGAGUUUGUCCCUGGGGAUGGCCUUGACCACAGCUUCCUGGAUGACAUAGCACCCCCGAAAGAUGAGAGGACCGUUGAGACCGAGGUCCCUCGGGACAGUGACAGUGACGGGGAGGCCCUGGGAGGGAACCCAAUGGUGGCAGGUUUCCAGGAUGACCUGGACCUCGAAGAUAAGCCGCCCCACAGGCCCCUGCUGCCCGCCAGUCCUGUCCCCAGGGAGAGCGUCACUUUUUCCAGUGAGGAGGCUGCAGGACACCCCAAGGCUGCUGCCCUGGCCCCCCAGAAGUGCUCUGAGCCAGAGACCAAACAGUCCUCCACGAAGGCUCUGAGGCCACACAGGAGUGCAGCUCCCAGGACAACAGAGCCCUGCCGGCCCCUCGCUGAGGGCACCUCUCAAGGGCACAGGGAUGGGAAGGAGGAACCAGCAGCGUCAUCAGAGAGUGACCCUGAGGGGCCCAUUGCUGCCCAGAUGUUGUCCUUCGUCAUGGAUGACCCCGACUUUGAAAGUGACCCGGACACUCCACGGAGAGCGGAUGAGUUCCCAGUGCGAGAGGAUCUCUCCGAUGUGACCGACGAGGACACGGGCCCUGCCCAGGCACCCCCGCCCCCCAAACCUCCAGCCCCCUCCUUCAGAGUGAAGAGUGAUGCAGAUCUCUUUGGCUUGGGGCUGGAGGAGACCGGCCACAAGGCGAGCAGCAGUGAAGAGAAGGACAAGGCUCCCUCCCGGGAGAAGAAGAAGAAGAAGAAGAAGGACAAAGAGCGGCGGCGGCGGGGCCGGAGGGCGGUGGACGAGCUGGAGGCCUUCCUGGGGGGCGCGUCCCCAGGCGGCCACCUCCGCGGGGGCGGGGACUACGAGGAGCUUUAGACCCGCUGCUGCCGGGCGCACUCCCUGCUCGUCUGGGGCGCUGGGCCCCCCUGCAGAGUGGGCCGCUGCCGCCGGCCGCAUUGCUUCUCAGGGAGGGACUAAGGCCCAGGAGGCCGGCGAGGCUGUUUACAAAGGCGGACGCCCGGGUCACCGCCCACCGCAUGCGGGCGGCCGGCUUCCUGCGGGGCUCCACCCGGCUGCGCUCCGCUGGCCCCGGCUUCUGGGCCCAUCUGCUGACAAUGGGCAGUGCUGGCGCCUCCCGGGCGUGGUGUCCAGCGUCGCACCUGCCGGGGCGCGCCCCAGCCGGAGCCAGAAUUUCCUUUCUCCUUCCACACUCAGCUCCCAUCCAUAAAGCUCUCCUGUUUUACUGCU